UCCGUGUAGGCGGGACGGUUAAUGUCAGCUCAGCUGUUAGCCAUGAAACAGCUUUUAAUAAUUAUUUCUACGUGUUUUAGACGUAGUCAGAGAAUAUUUCUGUCUUUGUAGUCUCUUUUAGACGUCAUUAGCCGGCUAGUUUAGCUAGGGUAACGUUGAGUUGCCAAUAACACCUCUGUGGUAGCGUCAAUUUAGAUUUAAAGAUUUAACAAAGGAUGCUGGAGUCAAUAAAAGUCACAGAAAGACUCCACUGGCCUGAAGUAGAGAUGUCAAAGAAGUACAUUUUAAACUCUUCUGACAAGGCACUGAGUCCAAGCCAAGUAUACCUUGAGAAGAUUUCUUCAAGUGCCCUCAAGGACCUUUUCAGUACUGGCUCCAGGAGCUUCAAUGUCCUGCUGCACGCUGAUGAGGAGGAGAAAAAGAGCCCAAAGCAGUCCCCAUUCAGGAGGCCGAAGACAUCAGUAAGAUGUGGUGCCACAUUUAGUAAAAGAAACCGUCCUGGCAUGAUUCCUAAAAAGAUGCGCUCCUCAGAAGGUGGGGGGAAACCUGCACAAACAAAUCGUGUCCUCUCAGGCAGCAACUCAAAUGUCCCGAAACCAGCAAGGAACAUUGCUGUCGUGGGCAGCACCAUGGGUCUGACCCCCCGGACAGUCCCACAGCUCAGGAAGAUCUCCAAUUCCCCUCGCACUAAACUCCCAGUGUUGCACAAAGUGGUGGUACGGGAAGUGGAAAAUGCCAAGAAGCUCUGCAUCCUCACAGCCAUAAAGCCAACUAAUGUAGAGAAAGAGAAGGUCAAGUUCUUUAAGUCUGACUUUAACUACAAUCCUCAGUUUGACUACAGUAACCCGGUCCCUCCACCUGUCCUGGAACGGCAUAACACUGCCUCAGAUCGCUUCCUGACACAGGCAGUGCACAUCAUGGAGCUAGCCCUGCAGCGGUAUGGCAGCUAUGAGAAGUUUGAACAAAUCACCGGGGGCAACCUCCUCACCAAGAGUCGCAUCUGGCACAACGUGAAGAAAUACAUGGAGAAGGAAGGCUGCAUGGGGGAGAUUGUAGUGCAGGUGACAGAUGACCUCCUGUCCAGAGCGUCCAUGACUGUGGUGAACAGCAGACCCACACUGACCAUCAAUGUCUCCACAGCCCGAGAGCAGUGGCUGGAGGGCAUGUUGAGGCAUGAGAUUGGCACACAUUAUUUCCGUGGAGUCAAUAAUUGCCACCAGCCGUGGAGCAGCAGUGUGGGCAGAAAAAAGCACAACCUGAAGCCUCUGAAUCCCACAGAGGAAGGUCUGGCCAGCAUCCACAGUGUUCUGUUUAGGAAAGACCCCACUCUGUGGCGGGCCGCUCUGCUCUACUACACUGUCUACCAGGCCAGCCACAUGUCCUUCUCUCAGCUCUUCCACGACCUGGGACGUUUCGUCCAGGACCCCAACACCCGCUGGGACUACUGCGUCCGAGCCAAGAGGGGCCAGACGGAUACAUCACAGCCAGGCUGCUUCAGUAAAGACCAGGUCUACCUGGAUGGUAUCCUAAAAAUCCUGAGAUACAGAGACAAGAUCAACUUCCCUUUACUAAUGGCUUUAGGCAAGGUCUCAUUCGAAGACGUGGACCGUCUCAAGCCGCUGGCUCAGAUGGAGAACAUCCGCAUCCCCCACUUCAUGCAGGAUCAGACACGCUACGCUGAACAGCUGACAAAAAUCAUGGCAGUCAACCAGCUAACUGACGAGGAGCUCAAGACCAUCAUCUGAUCCCUCUCCUUGUCAUGUCCCCGCACAAACCCGAUCACACCACUGCCAGCCAUCAAACGCAUGCCCCCACACCAACUCCUUCAUCCUGCAUGGUAGCAGAGCGUGUGAGUCGUGCAGCGUGCUGUGAUGCAUGUCGUAUAAAGUUGUGUUUAACAGGUCACAUCAGUUUAAUCUUAUUAAGCUUUUAGUUUAACAUCUGUUAUUACCAGGUCAUUCAACCACUAAUACAAAGAUCACAGUGAAUCAUUUCACCAUUUUGUUCAGGAGAGGGACAGUUCAAACAUUUUAUUUACAAGUGCCAACACAAUACAGCUGCUGUGCUGUUUCAAUAAACUAUUUAUACAAACAUAACAGUGACGUAACUUAACUUUUCUACAGCAUUCAUGAUGCACUCAGUGCCAACUCAUUUUAACAGCAUCAUUUCUGACAGCUCACUUUGAGCUGCAUUAAUUUGUUUAGUUAGUUAGAGGACUUUCAUUAUACGCAUCUUUUUAGCCUUUUCAAUAUAAAUUUUAGCCAAUGAUAUCAGAACCAGGUUUUGAAGCUGCUUUCUGAAGGAUAACAUCUUCCCUUUGUGAAUUAUGCGCAAAUGCAGGAAAUCAGACAAAGUCUUAUUAGUUUACCUUUUUUUGACUGAUCAGCAAAUGAAAGAUGAUGUCUUUUGGAACUGGGAUUUGUAGACUGCCAUUCUGCAAACAUGCAGAACUAAUGAGCCCCACACUUUAGUCGACCAGGAACCCGUGUCUGUUGUAUAUUUUUGUAUGAUGACAAUGUAUAGAGAUAAAAUUUUGCUAGUGAUUGAGUACUUGUAAAAUGGAGAAUAAGAACACUUUAAUAUUUACAUUGCUGAUAUCUGCGCCUCGAUCCAGGGGGCGCAGAUAGCCUAGCGGUCAGGGUCGUGUGAGGUACCUAGCAGAGGCCAAUGCCACUACUUCUGCUAGGAACUUCAUACAACCCAACUUCAAAAAUAUUGCAUUAUUCCUUUAAGUUGGGCCUGUGUCUCCUUUAUCACAUAUCAUUCCAAAUUUUCUCAUCCCAGUUUCUCUAAAUAAAGGCAGAAGAUAUCUAGAAAUUAACACAGCACACCCAUCCCUUAUAUCAAGCCAUUUUUAAAUCUUUAAACAAGAAAUUUUACCUCUGACCCACCAGGGGCUGUAAGGUGUUGUAGUGGUUGGCACUGUUCAGUGUUGAUUUUGUCAACUGACAUGAUGACAAAAAAAAUCAUAGUCAACUACCUUUCUUUCACAAGAGACUAAGACUAGCUGGAAAUUGAUCUUUGGAGAUAAAAACUCUGACAAAAAGUAAGUUUAGUUUUCAUAAAGGAGACUAAACUAAAAUGUAAGUGCUGGACUGUUGGACCUUUAAAACCAAUAAUAUUUCACAGUUGUGCAUAUAAGGUUCGUCAGUAUGUUCAUCUGAAUAUUUAAAAUCAAUUAGAGUAAUGAAAGUACAUUAAUAUAUGAGUUUUAUAUUUAUAUUUAUUUUACGGUUUGGCUGAGUAGAUGAGUUCAAAGAAAAUGAAUGCCUUGGUUAUUAGUAAAAGCAAAUCGGUAUGACUUUUAAUCAACUAAAACUUUUGUUUUUGUUGACUUGACCUGACAUAAACUAUAAAGGUUAAAAAUGUGACUAAAACUUUAAAAAAAAAUUGUCAAUCUGAAGACAAAGAAUACAUUCUCCCUGUGCAUGUGUAGAACUGCUAAUGUUAGCCGUCAGCCACUUUCUUGCUUACAUUAAGUUUUGAAAGAGUUUUAUCUGAUUAAAUAUGUUUUAUGAUUAAAAAAGUGCAUAAAGAAUACAUGUUUCAGUGAAAUAAGGGCCCAUGUCCACAGCUGCACUGACAUCGCCCACAACCUCCAUUCAGGAUGCUUUUUAUCAGCGUUUAUUGCUGCUAGGUUAGAGAAGCUGACAUCUGCUUUCCUCAGCAGCAGUGUUCAUUUUGGCAGCUGUUUUAAAUUUAGUUUUUCGAUUUAAACAUUCUCUUGAUUUAGUGAGAUGUUAGUCAUUUCAAACCUUUAUAGUUUUAGUCAAUGAAAAGUCCCUACAUCUACGUUUAGGUCAAGAUAUUUUUUCUUUUUGAACUAAAUUAUUCAACUAACUUGUGAAAUUAAUGAAAAUAUGAAUGACUUUAUUUAUGCAAUAUCAAUACUUUUAUUGACUUAAAAAAGACUGAUGAAAAUACCAAAUAUAUGCACAGUGGAGAAAUAUCAUGGAUUUUGAAUGUCCAACAGUCCAGCACUAACAUUUCAGACUUCUUCACAAAACUUAAUUUACUUUUUCACAGUUUUAGUACCAAAGAUUUAUUUUCAGAUAGUUUCACUCUCAUCUUUCUCGUGGAAAAAAGGUAGUCGUAGUACAUCGCCAGACAUAUUAGCAGUAAACAGAAUUAAUACUGCCUGCCAGUAACCAUAACAUUGUUUUGAGUAGCUCUGUGUGCUUCAUAUUUCCCUUUUUCAAGGAAAUAUCACCAAGACAACAUGAAAACAUCAUAAAUGAUACCGUCCUGACUUUUGCAGCAGCUGUAGCUCUGGAAACCCAGAGUCAGAUCAGGUUCUCUUCCACCAUUGUCAGAAGUCCUGAGACUUCUUGAUUUUGAUCGGUCAAUGAGAGAGAAGAGGGAUUGAUGAGCAUGGCACUGUUCUAAAAGAUGUAUGUAUUUUUAAUCAAGAGCAGGUUUUUCAAACAGGAUGCUGAGUGCUUAAACGCUGUCCUGCACUGUCUUAUAAAAUGAGCUCUGCCAGAGCGUAGAACGGCAGCUGUGGAAACAGGCCUUUAUUUGACUGGAUGAAUGCUAACAUUAGCUGUUGUCUACUUGUAUUUAGUGGACAAUCCAAGAUGUUAUUUAACUUGAAAUAUUUACCAAUAUACUAACAGAAUUUUACUACUGCAAAAUUGUAGAACUUUUAACACUGAAAUGCAGUCUGGUGUUAUCCUUUCGAAAGAAACACUUUAAUAUCCCACCCUGAGCAUGAUGGGAAGGAAAAGAUGCCAUUUAGCCAUGUGUAAUAUGACCGUGACUCCAGCACGAUUAAGAAUGGAUUUUUAAAAUAUAAUUCUGUGAUAUUUCACACCCUCAAAACUAACACUUUAUUGAUAAUAUUAAUUUUUUAACAAAGCACUGGGUUACUUUGACAUGUUACUUCAGGAAUUUAAGAAGAAUAUGGUUGUUUUUUUUUGCCAAUGAUUAGUAAAAAUUGAAAUCCAUCAAACAUUGAAAACAUCACUAUCAUUGGGAAAAAAGACAAGUUAGGUAAGGGCGAUAGAAAAUGGAAAACCCUGAUGAAUGUGAAAAUGUUUUCAACUUUUGAAUACCUUACAGCUUUGUUAGGUUCAUGUAGUGAAGCAUCUUAAAUAAGGAGAUAUUCUUUAUUUAACACUGAGGCGUGUUUAGGAUAAGCUUAAGUUGAUUGCAUGAUAAUUAAUUUAAAUUUACCAAUACUAAUCUCUUGUUUGCACGACAUUCAAACUGUUUAAUCAGAUUUGUCUUCAACUUAAUCAGCGAUUUAUAUCAGGCGUUAACAGUUUACUCCAACUUCAAAACAACAACAAGUCUAUUUUGGCAUAGCUGUGUGGCAAAAAGCGAUCUGAGUGGUUUUUCUAUUCACACAGUCCAAUAUCUAAAAAUAAGUGAUCACUUCAGGUAGAGCAGCAACUCCUGUGUUGUGGCAGGUAUCUUUACUGCUGUUUUUGAUAGAGUCUGAUGAGAUUAAUAAAAGCAAAGUUAGGGAUGUUUCUGGAUUGCAAAAAAGAAUAUAAAUUUUACAUAAAUGGUCUAUUUCUGCUGUUCAGGUCUUAAAAUAAUCUGUAGCUGGCAAAAAUACACUAUUAAUACUGGCAUUUUGAAACAAUUACAAAAAUGCUUCAAUGUUUUGUGGACUCUUGUACUCUAAUAUGGUUCAUGUAGUUAACAUAGGGAGUUUGCUGUAGUUAUAGAAAAUAUUGUUCUAGUUUUAUAGAAGGAUUCUUUGUCUUUCUCUCUUGCACUCGUGAUCCAAGUGUACUUAUCCCAUCAUUUAUAUAUCUGUCUCUUUAAUUGUGGUGAAGCCAUUCUUGCGCUUAGUUUCCCCUCUAAAAUAGCCAGUACAUUUACAUGCACAGGUAAGUAAAGCUACAGUUUCAAUAAGGCAGGGUAAACUGUAAACUUAAUUGCCCUUCGGGGAUUAAUAAAGUCGUCUGAAUCUGAAUCUGAAUCUGAGUUUCAGCUUGAUUAGGAAAUCUAACUGGACCACUGUACUUAGCCCAAUGUACAAGCACCGAAGUAAAAUGGAUUUAUUAGUGACUGAUGUCAGACUCUGCAACAUUAUCUGCUAACACGCCAAGCUCUGGUUGGCCCUGCUGACAAGUUAGCUAACUAACCUUUUAUAUGUUAAGGUGACCUCUGUUAUGUUAGGCAUUGGGUCUGAUUAAGGUGUAUACAUGCAACAUGAAAUAGAUUCCCAACCCUGUUAUCUAAAUGUGUGAGUUCAGUUUUGAGUCAGACUAACACAAUUAUAUGACUGCAUGUAAACGUUCUGACUUGGAGUUCUAUUUUGGCAUGAAUGGAGACAGUUCACAGCAACUGUUUUUGCUGUUUGAAAGUGCUGCUACUUGGAGCUCCGUCAUUUAGCAUUAUUUCACUUCACCUGAGAACAAUGUGUUCCCUUGUUAUUCUGUAUAAAACACUAACCGUUUGCUCCUCAGCCCUCGUGGUUAACGUGCACUGACUUCACGCCCUGUUUGACUACUUGCACCUCUCUACCUUUAUCUACCUUUUAAACUGCACUGAGUCAAGCAGUUUGAGUCGUUUAUACGGACUGAUUUGUUCACCAAAUGAACAGAAUGCCUCGUGGUUUUACUGUGUUGGGUUUUUGUGUUGUUAAUAAAGAAUGAGCUAACACAGGGAGCAUGUGUGUUACUCUGCUCCCUCAAUAAACCCUUAAAUGGUACACUUUACCUACACUUUACAUUUCUAUGUGAUGUUUUCUAUAUGAAUGAUUUUUUGUGAUAUUGAUGAACAAAAUCUUCAAAUAAA